AGGGGGCGUCGUUAGUGGCCCUUUCUCUUCCCUUUCGGGGCGCUGCUGUUUGUGAGACUAGCUUCUAGGAUCUUGGGCUUCCGGUGGUAGCCACUGUCGUUCCCUCCGCCUUCAGAGGGAUCUCUUAUCUGGGGAAGCGGAGGAGUGACGCACAUAGGGUGGAUCUACGGUGCGCAGGCGAGCAGUGCGGAAUCUGCAGCGAUCCCAAGAACCGGCGGGAGUAGCGGAAGAGUUGUGAAUGUUAUUGGUUGGCAGGAAUGGUGGGCGGGGCGUAGCCCGAGUAGCUCAGUUUAUUGGUGGAAUUUGGGCUUCGUUCCCCCAUUACCGCCACGUAGGCGCUUCUUAGACCUUUGGGGCAGGUAGUUUGGUUAUGAAUUCCUGGAAACCAACGGAUUAAAAGGACUGUUAGAGGUGUGUGAAGGAAGAACUCAGCUAGAGCUAGUCCGUUGUAUCAUCGGUUUCCUUAUUUCUACCGUGGCCGGAUUGUAGUAUGGAGGAAUUUGAGAUUGCUGGGGGCAACGGCAGAUGGUAGAAAUCAGACAGGGUGGAAACGGGCAAAUCUAAGUUGGCUUCCGCCAAAACGGCUUGAACAGAGUCCCCGCGGUUCACCGUCUGCACCAGUUACGAAAGCGAUGACGUCUGUGUGUUGUUAAUGAAGUUCUUGAACUGAGUGGGUAGAAAUGUGAAGACCCAGAGUUCCCACCUGCUUGCAGCUUUCCUGUACAUAUUUGUGCCUUGUGCUGGAUUUUUCCUGAUAUCCCAGCCCACGUCUCCAUCCCUGGAACACCCUCGCCCUCCGCAGUGCUCUGAUCCGCCCACCGCCUUGCGAGUUUUGCAUUAGCUGUCUUCAGCCUUCUUGCUUCAUUCCCAAAACGAAAUUUCAAUUAAUAGCUAUCAUAUAUCGAGUAGCUUUGUCAAGUCCUUUCCCCAUGCUCUGCACCAGACGUCUUAAAAUACAAGAAUUUCCCUUGCAAGGAAUUGUUCGGAUUUCAUAGUAUUUUCAGUAGGAAAACACUAGUAUUAAUAGAGAAUGAAUCCAGAGCUAUGGCUCCGCAUAUCAAGUAUGCUGGUCUGCAGACCCUUAUAUUAAAAAUUUACAAAGGUUCAUUUUGCUUUUGGGCGCAACAGGAUUUUCAGCAUCACAGUAGAACUACAUAAUGAUUGAAAGAUAGUUUAUUUUAGAUAGUUUAUUAAAAAUAGUUUAUUUAAAAUAAAAAUUUAUUUAUUUAAAAUAGAUUAAAUUAGAAUGGCCCAAUUCGAAGGUUUCGGUAUCGUUGCUUUUCUUCUGCUUCAUGUAGGUUCCUAUUAGUAAACUGCUUUCAGGUAAUAGGGUUCCUCAGCAACAGACUCAAAAGGAUUACAGUCUCCUGAAGCAGGGAAUGUGAAAGAGGACAUUGAAAAGCCACUUCAUUUAUACACAGCCGAAGGAUUAUUUUCACCGAUUACCUGAGCGUCCGUGAUGUCUGACUGCUUUAUGAGAACAUGAGUGCUACAAGCUUCCUACCCUCUAAGAGAAGGGACAGGCCUUCGACAACUUAAAUCACCUACACAUGGAGCACAAAGAUGAUGACGACGAUGAUGUGUCUUUUGCCAAAUGGAUGAGCAGCUUCUGGGGUCACAGCUGGAUAGAAGAGAACGAGAGAGGACUCCGGGACCAUCAUGGACCACAAGAUGCUACUCACAGGAAAACCUCCCUGCCCUGCCCAUUUCCUGCGCUUCCCAGAAUCACAUUGUCUGACAGCCAUCCCAGAAGACAUUCUCAUGAGGACCAGGGAUUUCAAUGCCAUACCCACAUGCUGGAUUACAGAAAAUGCUCAGCAGAUGAAUCAUUCAAAGAGGCACUGGAAUCAAAAGGAAGAUCUCAGUCCAAAAUUCAAGCAUUUUCAGAGUCCUUUGAACAGAAACUGUGCUUUAGAACCAAACGCUCCGUCUCUUUGGGACCUGAGAGCAGGAAGGAGAGGAGCGAAAGGGAAUGCCUGAGGAUGGAGAUAAAAUCUCGAAAGAAAGUGGAGGAAAGAAGGAACUCUAGGAAGGAAGAACACGGAAAAGCACACAUGUCCACCUUGGUUGAAAGAGAAUCCAAAUAGUGUUUCCACAUCAUGUCUCCAGAUGCCAGGUUUUGGUGGCACUUGUGAAGGAGUGUCCACAAAUGCUGAGUGACUGCAGUGGUCCAUCGGCGCAGGGCUCCCCAAGAUGACUUGCACCUGACUCCCACUGCUUCUGAUAUCUUAGUUGAGAGUGUGAUCUGCUAUGUGGUCCUUUUAUGGGAAUAAAGAAAAUAAAAUGUAUUUUAAUAGAAGAAGUGAUUCUUAAAAAUGUAAAGAAAGAUAUUUAAAGAGCCACCAACGCAUCUUCACUAACUCUUCUUCUGCAUCAACCUUGCAAAUAAGUUUAAAUAAAAGUCAUUGAUGUGA